AUGAGCACUAUCGAUGGAAUUCGAUAUGCAACAUUGCAAGUAAAUCGUUACGUGUCUAUCAUACUUCUUCUUUUGGGAACGAUUAGCAAUUUAUUAUGUUGUCUGGUAUUCACUCAACGAACUCUUCGUUCUAAUCCAUGUGCUCUCUAUUUUCUCGUGGUAAAUAUUUCGAAUAUUAUCUCCUUGACAGCAGGAAUUCCUCCUCGAAUGUUAAACAGUUGGAAUAUACUCGCAGAUCAAACAGAAACAAUAUCAUCACUGUGUAAAAUACGACUACUUGUUGUACUGGCAUCACGCAAUAUCUCUUCAUGGUUACUUGUUUGCGCUGCGAUCGAUCGAUGCUUUCUCUCGUCAUCUAAGGCCGAUACACGGCGAAGAAGCAACAGAAAACAAGCGGUUCGUCUCAUUAUUAUCGUUUCUAUUAUGUCUCUUGCCUUUUGGACUGAGUGUUUAUACUGUUUCGAUGCAAACCUUAUCGGUACACCAUUGAGAUGUUAUGCGAAAUCGGCGAACUGUCGUAUAUUUAAUGAUUUAGCCCAAGUAUUCGUUACAACUAUGAUUCCAUCAACUAUUAUGAUGAUCGCUGGCCUAUACACGAUCAAAAACAUACGUCAAGCACGUCGAAUACUACCGGCAACUGUUAACCCUAUUCUAUCAAGAGGUAGAAAGACUGAAAGUAAUCUAACGAAGAUGUUAUUUUUGCAAGUUAUCUUCCUAACAAUAUUUAAUCUUCCUCAAGCAAUACAGAAGUUCUAUUUAACAUAUACAUUUUAUGAUUCGAGAUCACUCUUGCAGACAACUAUUGAAAAUCUUCUUUUUAACAUUGUUCUAUUGCUUACUUAUGUUUCAAGUUGUGUCCCAUUUUGUUUGUACAUCCUAACAGGCGAUGUUUUUCGGAUGAAGCUCGUUCGAAUCAUUCGAACAAUAGUACAUUAUGUGAAAUGUUGA